AUGGCUUCAGUUCGAGCUGCCUCGAUCGACUGGUCGAAAUUAACAGUGACUUUAGGUCUAAAGAAAGAAACCAUAGCAUCUUUACUGGCAUUUCGUAAGCGUAAUGACGAGGCAAAACGCGUUGUUGCUGCUCUUAAACAACAAAAAUCCGAUAUCGAUUUCGAGAAUUACAGGCGCAUCUUAAAAAAUAAAGCGAUCGUAAAUGAAGCUGAGAAGGUUUUAACCCAAUUUAAACCAACAAAAGUUGAUCUGGAUGCACAAUUGAAAAUUGUUGAAAAUUUUGAGAAGAAAGCUAUGGACUACGCAAGAAAUACUGUUUCCAGAGUUGAUACCGAACUUCGGGACUUACAAGCUACUUUGACAAAUAUGGAACAAACGAGGCCUUUCAAGGAUAUUAGUGUUGACGAACUAGUUAAAGCCAAACCAGAACUCAAUGAUAUUGUUGAGAAAAUGGUCAAAAAAGGACGGUGGAAAAUUCCAGGCUACGAAGAAAAAUUUGGAUAUUAA